AUGGAACUCAUCCUCACUGCCAUACACAAGUGUAGGCUGUAUUACAUCCAAGCAAAGCCCAAAAUAAACCUGGAGUCAGCUUUUGCAGCAGUGAAUGUACAAAAAGACAUUACUGCUCCCUGGAACACAGACCCUGGCACAGAUCAGUGGGAGGGACUUAUUCCAGAGAAUGCUCACCAUCCGGACCAAGAUACAAUUGAGGAGGAUGAUCCUGACCCUCGGAUCCAGGAUCCCAAUGAAUUGCAAAUAGAACCACAUCUCCAAGGAGAUCAAUACCUUCAUGAAGAUGUUCUGAGAGCAGUGGGAGCACUUGAGCAGCUAAAACACCCUCAACAACAGUCUCUAGGACCAAGGCCUGAACACUGGCUAUCUUUAGAACGGAAACCCAAAGUAGAGUCACAGUCAGUGGGAGGACAGCUCUUCAACAUACAGCCAGCCGAUGUGCAAAACCAAGAUUAUCAAAGGACUCUAAACAAGGAACAAUCUCGGAAAGAGCAGCACAAUAACCCCAUGGAGAAACCUAAUACUCCUAAGAUUCCCAGAGAGACAUCCAACACAGAGGAGACAUUCUUUGCUGGGAUAGCAAGUACUGGUCCAUUCAAUAUAGACCUUCCAAGGUCACUAAAGGAAGCCUUGUUAUGCCUGGAUGGAGAAUUAUGGAAGUCUGCCUUGGAGGAGACAGUAAAACCUAUUACAUCAAAACCUGUGUUCCGGAUCAAGUUUGAUCAAAACAGACACAUUGAAAGAUACAAAGUCCGGAUUGUUGCACAAGCCCUCGCAGUAAAAUAUGACCUAGAAAUUGAUCAAAUGAACAUAUCUACAGUCACGAUACACAAUUUUUGGAGCUUUGAAUUUUGUUCUCCACUUUAA